AAUCAAGCUUAAGCAUUUCAUAACCUUGAGGGACUGGACCUGUAACCAACGUGCACCCGAAACAAAGUAGUUCCGGCCCUUGCAAACUACAUGACUUGACUAGAAAUCUUGCAUUAUGGAAGAGAACGCCGCGCAGCGGUACCAUGACGAUCUGCAGGCGCGAGGACGGGGUGCAGCGAUGCACAAGCAGGGCCUAGGCUUCGGCGGGCCAGCCGCGCCCGGGUCUGCACCGCCGCCUGCAGCAGCCGGCGCGCCGCCUCCCGGCGCUCCCGGCGCUCCCGGCGCCGCGCCACCACACGCACCAGGCGGCCCCGGCGCCCCUCCCCGCCCCAUGGUGCACGCGCCUUACCCCUACCCCUACCCGGGCCCGGCCCCCGGGCACGCGCCGCCGCCGCACCCUGGGGCGCCACGGCCGCCGUACCCAGGCGCGCCGCCGCCGCCCUACCCCGGGGCGACGCCGCCCCCCUACCCGGGCGGGGCGCCGCCUCCUGUUGGCUUCCCACCUGGCUACGGACCACCGCCGGCGCCGCCAGGCCCAGGCGGGCACGCGCCGCCGCCCUACCCCUACCCAUACCCCUACCCGCCGCCUGCACGGCCGCCGCCGGGGGCGCCCGCGCUACCUCCAGGUGGCGUGCCGCCGCCGCGCCCGCCCGCCGGAGCCCCGGGAGCGCCGCCGGCGGCGCCGCCACCGACAGCCGGCAGUGCGCCUUGGCACCAGCCGGCGGCGGCCGCCGCUGGCCAGCCAGGGGCGCCGCCGCCCGCGCCCGGCGCGCCGCCACCGGGCGCGCCGCCGCGGCCGCCGUACGGACACCAUCCGUACCCACCGCCAGUGCCGUACCCCGGAGCACCGCCGCCACCUUACGGCAUGCCGCCGCCACCACCCUACGGCAUGCAUCCACCGCCACCGUACGGCAUGCAUCCGCCGCCGCCCUACGGGAUGCCACCGCAUCCCGGCGGCAUGCCGCCGCCGCCGGCGGCCAUGCACCCUGCGGCUGCGGCGGCUGCGGAGGCGGCGCGGCGUGAGGCGGAGGAGGCGGAUGCGGAGCGCAAGCGGGCGGCGCACGAUGCGGAGCGGAAGGCCAAGGAGGAGCGCAUGCGGCAGGUGCUGGCGGCGUGGACGGUGCACAAGUCGGAUGACGGCAGUGUGUACUACUACAACACCAUGACUGAGGAGUCGAGCUGGGAGAAGCCGGCUGGGUUCCGUGGUGAGCCGGAGGAGGUGGCGGAGGCGCCCGUGCCUAAGGAGGCGGUGCAGAUCGGCGACACGGAUUGGCAGGAGGUGCGGUGCACGGACGGCCGUGUCUACUUCUACAACCCCGACUCAGAGGAGACGUCGUGGGCGGUGCCGGACUCGGUGGCGGCCUUCCGCAGGGCACAGCGCGAGGCGGAGGAGGUGCGCCGGCGGGCCGACGACGAGCGGCGGCGCGCGCAGCGGGCGCAGAUGGAGGCAGAGAUUGCACAACAGCGGCUGAUCAUGUCUGGCGCCCCCCUCCCUAUGUCUCUGUCCUCCGGCCCGGGCGGCCGCAUGGUGCUGCUGGGCGGCCGGCCGGCGCCGCAGCAGGCCAGCAAGGAGGAGCUGGCGGGCAGGUUCAAGGAGCUGCUCAUGGACAAGGGGACCCGGGAGGAGGAGCGCGCGGCGGCGGCGGCGGCGCGGGAGGAGGGCGAGCGCGAGGAUGAGGAUGAGGAGGAAGAUGAGGAGGCGCGGGAGCAGCGGCGGCGCAAGAAAGCCAAGACGAGUGACGGCGAUGCGGACGGCGGCGCGGACGGCGACAAGGGGGAUCCUGACGGCGCGGCUGCGGCUGCUGCUGCUGCGGCGGCGGCUGCUGAGGACGAUGAGGAGCUGUCGGAGGGCGCCAUUGCGGCGGACCUGUCGCUGGAGUAUGUGGCCAAGUACUGGUCUACAGACGACCGCUGGUCGGCUCUGAGCGAGGAGCGGCGCCAGCAGUUGUUCCAGGAGCGCUUCGGGGCGGCGGCGGCGGCGGCGAGGCGGGCGCGCGCGGCGGCGGAGGCGGAGGCGGCGGAGGGCUUUGCGACGCUGCUGCGGGAGCUGCGCGUGGGGCCGGGCAGCAGGUGGAGUCGGGUGCGCGAGCAGCUGGCAGACGACCCCAGGUACAAGCGCCUGAGCGCGGCCCUGGCGAGGGCGCGGCCGGGGGCAGGGGCAGCAGCAGCAGGCGGCGGCGGCGGCUCCGCUAGCGGGCUGUCACGUCAGGCGGAGCGGGACGCGGCGGCGGUGGCGGCGUUCGAGGCGUUUGUGCGGGAGCAGGAGCAGCGGCAGAAGCUGGGUGAGGAUGAGGCUCGCAACCGGGCUGAGGCGGAGCGGCGGCUGCAGGAGCAGACGCAGGAGGCGGAGGAGCGCCGCCGCCGUGCCGCCCACGACGACGCCGUGAUCGCCUUCACCGCCCUGCUGGGGGAGGUGGUGCGGGAGCCCUUUGGCGACUGGCGGGAGCACUGGCGGCCGAGGCUGGAGAAGGACCCGCAGCGGCGCGGCCGCAGCGAGCACCUGGACGCGCGCGAGAUGGAGGAGCUGUGGGCGCGGCACUGCGCGGCGCUGCUCACGGCGCUCAAACGCGGCUUUGAAGAGUGCCUGAACGACAAGAUCAGGCCGUUGCUGCCGCGUGACGGCGGCCUGCCCGACCCCGACGCCCUGCCCCCCGCGCUCCUGGACUUCGCCGCCGCCGACUCCCUGCUGGAGGACGACAGCCGCUGGGGCCGCGUGCCGCCGGCGGCGCGGGAGCGCGGCUGGCGCACCUACGUGGAUGAGCUGCUGUCGCCGUCACUGCCGGGGCCGCCGGGAGGCAUCGGGGUGGUGGGGCCGGCGGGCGUGGCGCCGCAGGCGCCGCCGUCGCGGGCGCUGCUAGAUUUCCUGCAGCCGCCGGUGGCAGGGGCGGGAGGAGGCGGUGGCGGCGCGGGGCUUGGGGGCGGGGGUGGAGGAGGCGGGGUGGGUGGGUCCUGGGGGCCGGAGGAGGGCCGUGGCGGCUACGGGAGAGGGGAGGAGCGGGACCGGGAUCGGGAUCGGGAGCGUGACAGGGACCGGGACCGAGGGAAGGGGCGGGAGCGAGAGCGGGAACGGGAGCGGGAGCGAGAGCGGGACCACCGUGGGGAGUACCGCGGUGAUAGCCGUGGUGAGUACGAGGGGCGUGGGAGUGAGCGGCGGCCGCGCUGAGUAGCUUAGGACUGUGGCGGUGGUGGCACCGGUGGUGGUGGCGGUGGUGGUGGCGGUGGUGGCACCGGUUGCAGACCCAGGCGCAUCCCGGGUUUCAGCUGCGGCUGCAGCCGCACAGUGCGCAUGUGUGGUUACGGCAUGGGAUGAUGAGACACUGUGUGAGUGCGUACAGGUUCGUGGACAGGCUGUAGGGUCCUGGCCAGUCGCCAGUCGCCACGGGAGCCGCGUGUUGUGGGUCUGGGGGAAGCAGGGCGCUGCAGCCCGUGGCAGCAGCAGGCCCUUCCCGCCGUCCUGCCGUCGCUGACGCGAGCCCUGGGGCACUUGGGUGUGACAUGCCCGGCUGGGUGAGGGCGUGAGGGCGAUGGCUCCGGCCUAUCCGGGGUCCCCGCUGCCCCCGUGCCGGCAGGCGCUGGACAGCUGGGGGGUGAGGCGUCCCUGCCCAGGCGCCCGAGUGUCAUGGUGUCCGGGCC